GGCAAGCACAAACUACAGUUAUAUCUUCAGGAGCAGGGGAAAACUUAUGUGCUUCAUUCCUCGUUUGUAAAGAAAAAUAACUUGUCUGUGAACAGUGCAAUCAGUGUGGCAGAUUACUGCGGUUUGCGUAAGGGCACAAGGGUUUGCGCACAAAGGACUUUCCUGUUUCGUGUCACUGGUGCAAAAAUUUACAAAGUAAGCGCAAUAGAACGCCGUCAAGGAUAAUAAAAAAGGUCAGGUUUCUUCUGUACCACAGUUUCGACUUCACUGAAUGAACGUUUGGGAAAUGCACAGGAAAGGACACACAGUACAGGCCAAAUCGACAUCGUCAUUGACUGUCUUCUUGAAGGAACGUGUGGAAAUUACGCUGAGUGUUUGUGUGAGGUCUUCCUCUCCUCUGUUGUCUUAACAAAUGGUCGUAUUUAGGUAUUAUUGAGACGUUUACAAAUUGUAAGUCAUGACAGCCAAACCUCCUCUACCGGUGGGACCACAGCCGGGGGUUACCUAUCCGAUUGAAGUCAUCUACUGCGGUGAGUGCACCAUGCCUCUGGAGUACUGCGAGUAUUAUCCCGAUGCACAAAAGUGCAAAGAAUGGCUCCAGAAAAACCUCCCAGAAGAAUUCGAACGCCGGCUAAACGUUGCUGACGAUUCCCAGCCUGGAGCAGGAGGGGAUGAAGAAAAGAAGCGACAAAAGCGUGGCGGCAAAGGGAUGGUGAAAGCGAAGAAGAAGGUAGAAAAGGACAAGAGGAUAUGCUUAUCCAGGGCAUCCAGGGGCAAAAAGAAGUUUGUGACCGUUGUCACUGGGUUGAGUACAUUUGACAUCGACCUGAAAGAUGCUUCAAAGUUUUUCUCCCACAAGUUUUCCUGUGGCUCUUCAGUGACUGGAGAUGAUGAGAUUGUCAUUCAGGGUGAUGUGAAAGAUGAAGUCUUUGACGUCAUUACUGAGAAGUGGCCAGAAAUUGAUGAGGACCUAAUCGAGGACCUCGGAGACCAGUCCCGUUAGGUGCAUGUAUAUAAGAAAAAUUGAUCUUAUGAGAGGGGAGUAAAAUAAAAGUGCUUGCACCUUGA